UAGAUCCAUAGCAACUGGUACGCCAUUUUUGAUCGUACAUGUUACACAGCUCUAGGAACGUGGAAUAAUUAAUAUAUUUUGCAGGUUAUAAGUAAUCAAACACUCUCAAGAUGGAGAUUGUUUAUGUCUAUACGAAGAAGAGGGCAGAGUUUGGGCGGCAGUGUAAUUUCUCUGACAGAGAAGCAGAGUUGCACAUUGACAUCCUGCCAGACCCGAAGGAGUCAGAGAAUUACAUCGAAAGAAACCCGGUUGAUAUCUCCGUACAAUGUGCUGCUGAGAUGUCCGAACAUGAAAUCAACACAGAAAGAUUUGAGACAGAGGUAAGAGGAAUCAACCACACAGAGGGUGGAUGGCCCAAAGAUGUAAAUCCACAAGAAGUAGAGCAAGUAUUAAGAUACAGAAAGAAAGUGGAGAAGGAUGAGAUGUACAUCAACACUAUUCAACAACUCAGCACUGUGAUGGAACAUUGCAUCAAACAAAACAAUGCUAUUGAUAUCUAUGAAGAAUAUUUCGAUGAUAUUGAUGUAGAUGAUAUGGAUGAAACACCAACAGCCAAAACAAUCAAUGUUUUCAGAGAUCCUUGUGAUCCCAAGCGUACCAGCACACACAUCUCCUGGUUCCCUGAUGGUCCUAGAAAGCUGGCCAUAGCUUACUGUAACCUGGAGUUCCAAGGGUCCUCCCCAGAUACUAGCAUGGACUCGUAUAUCUGGGAUGUGGAAAAUCCCAACAAACCAGAAUUCACUCUGAAACCAGUAUCUCCUCUAGUUUGUGUCGAAUACAAUCCAAAAGAUGCACAUGUGUUGGUAGGCGGCUGCUACAAUGGUCAGAUUGCAUAUUGGGACACUAGAAAAGGCUCCCAGCCAGUAGAAACCUCCCCCAUUGAACACAGUCACAGGGACCCAGCCUACAAGACAAUUUGGCUGCAGUCCAAGACAGGGACAGAAUGUUUUUCCACAUCUUCAGAUGGGCAGGUGUUAUGGUGGGACACAAGGAAGAUGGGAGAGCCAUUUGAGAAACUGUACUUAGAUCCAACCAAGAAACAAGAUUUUAGCAAAGCCCAGGGGGCCAUGUGUUUGGAGUAUGAGCCCACACUUCCAACAAAAUUCAUGGUUGGAACAGAGAUAGGAACUGUGAUGUCCUGUAACAGGAAAGCCAAGACCCCUGCUGAAAAGAUAGUUGCCAUUUAUCCAGGUCACCAUGGCCCAGUGUAUUCACUCCAGAGAAACCCCUUCUUCCCUAAGAACUUCCUCACAGUCGGUGACUGGACAGCAAGGAUAUGGUCAGAAGAUAUAAGGGAAUCAUCUAUUAUGUGGACAAAAUACCAUAUGUCCUAUUUGACUGAUGGAUGCUGGAGUCCCACACGUCCUGCUGUGUUUUUCACCACUAAGAUGGAUGGCACACUUGACAUAUGGGACACCAUCUUUAAACAAAAUGAUCCUACGCUCAGUAUUCAGGUGUGUGAUGAAGCUUUGCACAGUGUCCGAGUGCAAGAGCAGGGCAGGCUGGUGGCUACAGGGUCCCACAGUGGCACCACCACUCUGCUGGAACUCUCUAAUGGUCUAGUGCAAUUGCAGAGGAAUGAAAAAGUUCUCGUAAAUGCUAUUUUUGAAAGAGAAACGAGGAGAGAAAAGAUAUUGGAUGCCAGGCACAGGGAAAUGAAGCUCAAAGAAAGGCAGAAGAGUUCACAAGGAGAACAUAAACAGGAGGAAGAAGAAGGAGGAUAUGAAGAAGAAGAUCUUGUUUCCAAAGCCGAAAGAGAAUUCUUUGAGACAAUAGAAUAUGAACAGAAACAAAAGGAAAAGAAAGAAGCUGCAUUGAAACAACAGCAGGCAGAAAAAGCUGAUGAAGGAAAGGCUUCUCCUAUUGAAGAAGAGAAAGAAGAAGGAAGCGCUGAAUAAAGAGAUAUGAAACAGCAUUCCCCAAUAUGUAUCAAUACCUGUGUUAUAAAAUGUGAUAUCAAUCCGAGCGGACAUUUAUCACCCAGACAGUUUUUUCAACAUGAACAUUGUCGUGUCAUAAUGAGUUUUUAAAUUGUCUGUCAGUGUGAAUGGAUUAUGUUUACUGGAUACCAAGGAGAUGGGAUCUUCAGAUGAGUGAAUGUGUGACUUGGCCAGCAAAGCGUUUAAGCUGGCAAGGAAUGGUUACACAAAAUGGCAUGCAAUAUCAUCAGUAGAUUGUUUAUCUGAAACUGUUGCAUUCGUCAUUUUUGGCAAUUUCAUGGAUGCUUUAUAAAAUGCUGUCUGCAUGUAAAGUGAGCCAUGCAUUUGUUGAGCAGAGUGUAAAUUGAAAGAAUUCCAAACAUUUAUUCCUGACAGUGAACGUUUUUUAAUGAUAGCCUAUGAAAAAAGUGUUAAAUAUUCUAAAUAUGUUUGAAGUUUUUUAUAGUUAUUGUAUUUAUUUUUGCACUGUGAAAGGCAUGUCAGUGCCCUGGGGAUAAUCCAGGGUGUGU